CGCUGCUGUGGCACGGGGAGAACCAGGCUGGGGCCAGAAGCCGCUGCUCAGAACCAAGGCCCGCCGACGCCGUGGUGGGAUACAGCGAGGGCGGGGCCUACCCAAUGGGUGCCUGCGGACAGGUACCCGGGCCCAGCUUAGCCACUGGGGUGCUGCCACCGUCACAGGCGUGGGGGCGUGUACUCUCCACGACUCUGCCGAAUCCAACAGGGUGGCCGCGGUUGCCAUGGCGGCAGCGCGAGUCAUUUACCCUAACGAAGGGCGGACCGGGUUUAAGUUCUGAGGCCGGAGUUCGGCGCAGCCACGUGACGUCAUACCGAGGCGUUGGGAAGGAGGCAGAAGCUAAGAACCAAAACGGGCUGCGGAGAGCUACGUCACACCGCCGGAACGCCUCAGCGCGAGCCCCGCGCUCCUGCCGCGCCCUCUAUCCGCGGUGCGCGCGCGCAUGUAGUAGCUCGGUGGUCGCCGCCCCGCUGCGGCCGGAGCUGGAAGUGCGGCAACAUGAGCAGCGGCCCCGGCACCCCGGGGAAAGCUGCGGGAUCCCCGCUCCCCGCCGGCAGGAAACUGGACUCGGUGGGGGCGGCGGCCCAUCCCAUUAUCAAGGACAUUGGAGAAAUUCAUUCCCGACUGCUGGAUCACAGGCCAGUUAUUCAAGGAGAAAUACGUUACUUUAUUAAAGAAUUUGAAGAAAAACGUGGCCUCCGAGAAGUGAGAGUUCUUGAAAACCUAAACACCAUGAUCUAUGAGACAAAUGGCCAAACUCUCCCUAAAUGUGAGGAGGUGAUGCAUGGCGAUCUGAAUGAAGUGUUGAAGAGAUUGCAAGCAGCCAACCAUAGGAUCCUCAGACUCCAGCAGAGGGAGCAGGAAGAAAGAGAGCUUCAGACUGACACGCUAAUGACUGGUGAAAAGCAGCGUCUAGCCCACUGGGAAGUGUUCAUGAAAGACCAACACAGCAAACGAGGAGAAGUGGAUGAAGAGCACAGAAAAGCUAUGGAGCGCCUUAAAGAACAAUAUGCUGAGAUGGAGAAGGACCUGGCUAAAUAUUCUUUUUAAGACCUUUUUCGUUGUUGUUGUUUUUCUGUGUGUGCCAGUACUCUCUUGCUUCAGACUUAUCAGAACAACAGUGAGGUUCUUUCAGAAAGCCUAAUCAAAAUAGAGGUAAAACAACCCCCACAUCCUGCUGUAACUAGAACAAAAGUUUGAUUUAGCAAGAAGAGUUUUGCAUACCUCCAACUUUAAGUGCCUCUACAAGCUUGUUUUGUUCAAGGUAAUUGGUGUUAUCACUAUCUUAGUUUGUAGGACAGGCAGGUUUAGAAAUGGAGUUCUGCCUUUAUACCAUGGCUACAUCAAUUUAGGGAGUUGCAAACUAGAAUUCCUUAGCUUGUGAAGACAGCCUUGUCUGCGGGGAAGAAAACAAAAACUGAAUUAUCUCUGUAUAAGGCCACAGCCCUGCCAUAGAGAGCAGGUAUUAUAAAUGCAAGCCAUGCUUGACUGAAAUUAGGAUGUACACACACUCAUUAACAGUUAUUUUGGGAAAAGCAGCAUGUCUUGCGAAACAGUGGAUUCUGAAAGGCUAGAAUGCGUUACUCAGGUAUAGUUACAGCUGCACUGUUAGGAAGUAGAGUUGAGAUAUUGAUUGCUCUCUAAAAUAGCACCACAAGAGUGGCUGUGAGGUCACAGGAAACCAUGAUUUUUCUCUCUAUGUAACUGGCUCAUGUUCUUGUAGCUUUACACUCCUAAGAAUACCUUCCACCGCCCAAACCACCUAAAAGUAACUUUUAAAAGUAUAUCAGUCCUUCCAUUAGCCUUUUAUCAGGUAUGGUAUUUACCUUAAGUAUUCGUCCUGCCAUUGGUGCACUCAGUAGGAUGAGCAAUGCCCACCUUAUUGGGACUUAUUACCUAAAAUCUGUUGUGAUAACCUUAAUACAGUUGAGGAAAGAUCUCUUUGUUUUUGUCAUGGCAUGGCAUGGUAAUCAAGUAAGUGGCAUUAAAAAUGAAGCAUCUGCAGUAUUAAUUUGUGUUCUGAUUAACAGGAGUAUUUGUGAGCCCCUGUGAUCACCGUGAUCUUUUCUUUUUAUUUAAAAUCUUCAUGUAAUAGCAAUAUAACUGAAUGACUAGCUUAAUUAUCCUUUUGUAAACCAAGUGAAAUUAAAUGCAAUAACAGAAGGAAACUUGAUGCAAGCUAACCUGAGGGACAGGAAGAUCUUUCAAAUAUUACUUUAAGUACUAUGCAAUAUAAAAUAAAAACAGGUAAAAAUAAACAGAACUUGCUCAUUAUCUGUGUUGGAAUUGCACUAUGCAGACAAUGGUUGCCUGUGUAAAUUUAUGGCUUGGUGUCAAGGCUCCAUUCCUGGCAGCAUGUUGAUAAUGUGAUUAAAGUUAGCAGAGGAGAUGGAAUAAGUAUUUGAGAUUUCUUUCAAUAACACUGAAUUCCUGCCAAACUGCUCUGUCCGCUACUGUAGGCCUGACAGCUUCAUCAAUCAUCAUCAGGUACCUGGACUGAAAGAGCACUUGCUGACACUGGAGCAUGGUGGAAUGUUGUUUAAUUCUGUUGUGAAUGGAAAAAACAUAGAUGGCUCCAAAGUAUUCCACAUAUAAAAAGUGAGGAGAACCUACUAACAAAAACCCCUAUUGAAUGGAAGAUGAUUUCUGGAUUUAUCUCUGUUAUGUACCCAUUCAUGAAUGGAUGCUGUAACUAAGAGCCCGAUUUACGUGCUUCAUCAGAAAAACAGAAGAUAAUGUUGCCUGUCUUUAGGGUCCAGAGUCUCAAUAGCAUUUGUUCAUUUUAAGGAUAAACUGAAAACACUCUGUUUUCCACGAGAGGUUUUAAGAAUAAAUGUCCUCAAAACCAAAAUAACUUUCUGAAAAAUGUACUCCUCUACCCCAAUAUAACGCAACCCGAUAUAACAUGAAUUUGGAUAUAAUGCGGUAAAGCAGCGCUCCAUUGGGGCAGGGCUGCGCACUCGAGCAAAUCAAACCAAGUUCGAUAUAACGCGAUUUCACCUAUAACGUAGUAAGAUUUUUUUUUUUUUUUUUUUGGUCUCCCAAGGACAGCAUUAUAUCGAGGUAUAGGUGUACUUUAAGUCUCAUUUGGUACUGAGUGAGUUUGAUAUGUGUUUUAUUCCUAUAAAAUAAUACAUAAUAUCAGAUCCACUCAGUUUUGAACAAAAGUAAACCUACCUGCAUCUCUAUGUCCCACUUGAGUGCUGAUAAAAAUGAUAUAGAUGUUGCAAGGCUAGUGUAUGCUGAACAUCUGCACAAGAGUAAUAAUUUUAAGCCUAGAACUGCACUUCAUUGGCCAAGAAAGCCCAAAAUAAAUUAAAUGAAUGAUACUACCUAAGGUUAACUCUUUUCAAAAGCCAGUGGUACUUUGUGCUUUUGAAAAUUCCCCCUCAAUAUUCAUUUUGGGAAUUUAUGCAUUUAGGAAAUAUUUUGAAGAAAAGUGCUUAAAGUUGAUCUUUAACAUACAAACAAACAUCAAUCUGCUUGUUGGCCCACUUCAUUGGGAGACUACAAGAAAAAUAUUUAUCACUAUUAAGUUAUUCAGUAGUCUUUAUUAAUUUUUAAAAAUAUCUAUUGUGCUGUAGCUCUUGAAAUAAAUUAACAGUACAUACAACUUGACUUUAGAGUGGUUUAGCAAGGUGGAUGAAAAAAUAAUGCUUGGUUCUAAAAUUUAAAAGGAAAACUAGUGGUGCUUAGUUAUAGCUUAGAUAGGUCAAUAAGUGCAUCAUGUAUGUAUAUAUAUAUAUAUAUGAUUAUUUUUUUUAACCGGUCACUCUUUCAAUAUUUGUUUAGCGAAUGAGGCUGUGGUCUAUCAGGAGGCUAAUGAUACUUAAAAUCCUACACUAUCAUUUUCCAGUAGAGCCCCUGCUGAGAAGUAUCAGUUUUACCCAUUUGAAGAAAAAAUGCAUAUGAAGGGAGUUUCAAAGUUGGGUGGUAAGCUAUGUAAAAGCAAUUACGUGUUUAGCCUCGCUUAAAAUGUUUAAAUUCUUAACAAUUAAACUUUCCAAAAUCGCUUGAGUACUGAUACAACUACCAUUAAAGUUGGUUGUUA